AUGGAGGACGAAAAGUCAGCCAAAUCUAAAAAGAAAGGUGCUACUCACCGAAAGUCUCUGUCUUGUGAAUAUUGCAGUCGAUCUUUUGCUCGCUUAGAGCAUCUCCAACGCCAUCUCCGCACCCAUACAAAGGAGAAACCCUUUUCAUGUGACAUUUGCUCCAAGUCAUUUGCUCGGAGUGACCUUCUAGUGCGACAUGAGCGAUUAGUCCACCCUGCCGAAAGUGCAGCCAGUCGAGAACAUCGGGUUCAAAAUGGUCACGAAAACAACCAUGAAAUACCAAUCCAGUCCAACCUCAUCCAACCCGCCCAUCAUGAGUCGCGCAUGUUAGAGCUUGCAGAUGCCAUUCCAGUCCACACCCAAGUGCCUCCACCAUCAUCUGAGGUCCAGGUGCAGACCCCAUCGAUUAUAGAUACACCUCACUUUAAUCCCUCAUGGGGAUAUGAUUUAAAUCUUUUAUCUCAUGCCGCCAGCCAUGUCGCUUUGGAGGGUCAACAGGAGAGCCUAGAGUCCAUGAGAAAACCACCACACACAGCCGCUCCUAUAUCACAACCACUUCCUCAGGUCCAGGAGAGGGCAAUUGCCGAUAAUUAUGGUGUAGAGCCUUCGAUUCUCGAUCUCACUGAUCUUGGGGACCCUGUCCAGGAUUUCACGGUUUUUUUGGAAAGUGUGGGUCUGUCGUCUGACUGGGACUCCGGCGUGUUCUCAUCAGUCGAGGAGCCAAUGCUACCGCCGGGUAUGACGAUAGAUUCAAAACCGCCCCGGGAGACGAUAUCCACACGACUUGGCGGUGAUAUCAUGAAUGACCCGCGGGGGCCCGCAGAAGACCACCCGUCCUUCUCGAAUUUUGGAUCCCGGCUGCCAUCACUACAACCGGAGUCGCACGAAAUGGACGAUCGUAUCGGUCUUGCCGAUGAGAGUACGCGACCGGCGUGGGACAUCUCUAAUGCAGAUCGCCAAGCGUUCAUUUCGAAACUGGAAGAGUUUUCGUAUGUUCUUCCGAAAGGAUUUGUUCCGCCAUCGCGGCAUGCCCUAUCUCGGUUCUUCGCCGGAUAUAUCAAUGGAUUGAACGAACAUCUUCCAUUUAUACAUGUCCCUACGCUAUCGGUUGCUAAAACUUCUCCUGAACUUACACUAGCGCUGGCAGCUGCUGGUUCACACUAUCGGUUUGAAAACAGCCGGGGCAUCGACCUUUUCCAUGCAGCCAAAGCAAUUUUAUUAGAGCGACUCCGUCGGCGAGAUAGCAAGCAGGUGCCUCAGCCGUCAUGGAACUAUAUAUCCCCACCAUCUGGGUUUCAUAACUCUCGUGGUUCAUCGAUGAUUUCUAACACGGCGAGCAGCCCUUUCCAACAUCAUCAGCAAAUGCCAAACGCACCGCUGAGCGCAUCAAUAUACACGCUGGAUGACUCAGAUGCUCAUAUGGAGGUGAUUCGGACAUUUUUGCUGCUGACUGUCUUCGCGUCCUGGGAACGACACCCAGAGCUCUUGCGGGAGAUUCUCUCGCUCCAGAGUACUCUGGCGAGGCUUGUGCGUGAACAUGGCUUAUCUGAACCACCGCCCACUCCAGACCCUAUCAGCUGGGAGGAGUGGGUACGGAGAGAAGGCAACAGACGCACAAAGCUUAUUGUGUACUGUUUCUUCAACCUCCACUCCAUCAUGUAUAACAUCCCUCCUUUGAUUUUGAACGGGGAGUUGAAGUUAAACAUGCCGUGUUCCCACGAGCUCUGGAAAGCAAGCAAUGCCCCACAGUGGCGCCGCGUUCAUCGCACCAGGCAUGGGUCAGACGUGCCUUUCCAAGAUGCUUUUGCCAGGCUCUUCCUGAAAUCAUCCAUGUCAAUUCCGUCGGCACCCAUCUCCCCCCUUGGAAACUAUAUCCUCAUCCAUGCCAUCAUCCAACAGAUUUUCUUUGCUCGACAGCUCUGUCUGUCCGCACCUCAUAUGCAGGGUACUAGUUUGAGACCUGAUGAUUUGAAUAUACUGGACAAUUCACUGAGUGCGUGGAAGGCUUUAUGGAAGCGCACACCCGAAUCCAGCAUCGAUCCCCAGAAUCCGGCCGGUCCAAUUGCAUUCACAUCCACAGCCCUGUUGGGGCUCGCCUACAUCCGUUUACAUGUUGACUUGGGUCCCUGCCGUCACCUCAUCACACAAGAUCCAGCCCAAAUUGCAGCAGCUCUGACUGAGUCCCCUGCCAUCGCACGUAGCCCACGGCUGAUUAUGGCGCUGCUUCACUCAGCCCAUGCUCUUUCAAUCCCGGUACGACUGGGCAUUGACUUUGUGGCAAGGACACAUUCGUUUUUCUGGAGCAUUCAGCAUUCGCUCUGCAGUUUGGAAUGCGCUUUCCUUCUCAGUCGCUGGCUGCUUGCCAUUCCUGCAACGCAGUCUGAGCAGAGAUUGUCGGAGCAUGAGCGGAAGUUGCUAUUGUGGAUCAAGAGCAUGAUGGAUGAAACCGAAAUGGCUGUUGAUCCCCCUGGUGCACCGGAUAUGGAGUUCAUGGCGAAUCCUUACAAGGUGCGGCAGCUUAGCGUUGCGAUUGUCCGUGUAUGGGCGCGGACUUUCAAGGGCAAUACUAGCUGGGCGAUUGUUGAUUUGGUCGGCUCAAGCUUGGAUGCGUAUGCGGAUCUUCUGGAAUUCUAA